GGCCGUUUUCUUCCUCACAAAAAUAUCUCUCGCCUUUCUCUAUUCUCUAUCGUUCUGUGUACAGACACUGUAUUCUCUUUGCUUCUUUUCUUUUCUUUUGUGAUUCUUUCUCUUUUUGUGAGGACGCCUACCCCUUCUUCCACAGAUCAAAAUAUCUUCCAGCUCCAGAUAUGAAGCUCACCUCUUUCUCUUAGGCGUACGGACCACGUAAAGCCCAUUUUAGAGAGAGACAGGGAAACAGAAAACCAAAAUCUAUUCUUAGAGAGAGAGAAAGCGUAGAAUGAGAGGGAACUCAGUGGGGGCUUUAGUGCCCAUCGUGAAAGGCGAGCCCAUACCGGAAUCCUCUGCCGCAUCACCACCGCCGAUGAUGCCGCGGCCGGCGGAGGAGAUGGAGGAGGAUGUGUCCAUGGAAGAUGCGGACAAGGACUUACUCUGCCCUAUUUGCAUGCAGAUCAUAAAAGACGCAUUUCUCACUGCUUGUGGCCAUAGUUUUUGUUAUAUGUGCCUCGUAACUCACCUCAGCCAUAAGAGCGAUUGUCCUUCUUGCGGUCACUUCCUUACCACUAGGCAUAUUUUCCCCAAUUUCUUGGUCGACAAGUGUGUGAAGAAGACUUCAGCUUCUCGAUUGGGAAAGACGGCAUCUCCAUUAGAACAUUUUCAUCACGCAUUACAACAGGGUCUUGAGGUGUCAAUUAAAGACCUAGAUGGCCUUAUUUCUCUCCUUACGGAUAAGAAGAAAAAAAUGGAGCAAGAAGAAGCUGAGACUAACAUGCAUAUUAUGCUCAGUUUCUUACAUUGCUUGAGGAAACAAAAGCUUGAACAACUCAAUCAGAUACACUCUGAUCUCCAUUACAUUAAGGAAGACAUAUAUGCUGUAGAGAGGCGUAGAAUUGAUCUAUAUAGGGAAAAGGAGAGAUUCUCUGGAAGAAUGAGAAUGCUCAUGGACGAAACUAUUUCAGAAAAAGCAUCGCCGUCCUUAAUUGACAAGCAUGGCAAUGGCAUCAACUAUAGUGCUAAUGCUGCUCAAGCUCUAAUUAGUUCUGGCCAGUCACAGAGCAAAAAACCUGACGUAAAUGCUGAAGCGAACUGCCAUGGACUCCACAGGAAGGAUGCUUCUAACGAAGCUGGGUUGCAGUCUGUUACUGCGUCAGGACUGGUUCUAGCGAGAAAAAGGGAUAUCUAUUCACAGUUCGAUAGCUUACAAGAGUGUUACUUGCAAAAGCGACGAAAUUCGAUUGAACACCCGCCUAAAGUGGAAGAAAGGAACCCAAAUUUGAUGAGAAAAGAAGGUUAUAGUGCAGGUCUUGAAGAUUUUCAAUCUGUGCUGUCUACCUUUACGCGAUACAGUCGACUGAGAGUUAUUGCGGAAUUGAGGCAUGGUGAUCUUUUUCACGCUGCUAAUAUCGUGUCCAGUAUAGAAUUUAAUCAAGAUGAUGAAUUGUUUGCCACAGCUGGAGUUUCACGGCGCAUCAAAGUUUUCGAAUUUUCCUCGGUGGUCAAUGAACCAAAUGAUAUCCAUUAUCCUAUUGUUGAUAUGCCCACGCGAUGUAAACUUAGUUGCUUGAGCUGGAAUAAGCACACAAAAAGCCAAAUUGCAAGCAGUGACUAUGAAGGAAUAGUAACUGUUUGGGAUGUAGCUACUCGCCAGAGUGUGAUGGAGUAUGAGGAGCAUGAAAAGCGAGCUUGGAGUGUCGAUUUUUCACUUUCUGAACCCUCAAUGCUUGUAUCCGGCAGCGACGACUGUAAGGUGAAAAUUUGGUGCACGAAUCAAGAAUCAAGUGUUCUUAACAUUGACAUGAAAGCAAACAUUUGUUCUGUCAAGUAUAAUCCUGGAUCCAGCUUCCACGUAGCUGUGGGUUCUGCGGAUCAUCAAACACACUACUACGACUUGAGAAAUAUAAGCCAGCCAUUGCAUGUCUUUAGCGGACAUACCAAAGCUGUUUCAUAUGUGAAAUUCUUGUCAAACAAUGAACUUGCUUCAGCAUCAACUGACAGCACAUUGCGCUUGUGGGAUGUGAAGAACAAUUUGCCACUUUGCACUUAUAGAGGCCACACGAACGAAAAAAAUUUCGUUGGUCUAACAGUGAACAGAGAAUACAUUGCUUGUGGCAGUGAGACAAAUGAAAUCUUCGUUUAUCACAAGGCAAUAUCUAAACCCAUGGCUUGCCACAAAUUCAGUUCUUCAGAAUCAAAUGACAAUGAAGAUGAUGCAGGGUCAUAUUUUAUUAGUGCCGUCUGUUGGAAGAGCGAUAGCCCUACAAUGUUAACUGCAAAUAGUGGAGGAGCAAUUAAAGUUCUAGUGCUUGCUUCCUGACUGAACAGAACAAAACUAUUAUAAAGUGAAAUUUUAUGACGAUUACCGAUUCAAUGGCAUGUGUAAGAAAGAGAAGAAGAACGGGGUUUUAUUUUUGUGUGAUUGUGUUGUGUUGUGACGAUUAUAAUUCAAUGGCAUGUGUAAGUAUUUUUAUUUCAAAUUAUAAUUGGUUAGAAUUAUCUUC